AGUCGAGUUUGCGAACGCGAUCUCGUAGUGUUCUUUCGUGUAUAUCCACUAAUCGGAGAGGUAAUGAGAAUAUUUUAGCGCGUCAAAAUCCUUCUGCAUCGGCUCAAUUUUCGCCCUAUCGCGAUAAAUAAUCGCUAGACGAAACAGCUAAAACCUUUUCCAAAGUACUUGUGACAAUAUUUUGUUAUUUUUAGUGCUCCAUUGUCGCCUUUCCGGGUCUCCCAUGUGUUAGGCAAAAUGGCCAGAGCAAAGACUGGUGAGAAAAAGGCUCCUCGCAUCGACGAUGUCGUCACCCGUGAAUACACAGUCAACCUUCACAAGAGGUUACACGGUGUAGGCUUCAAGAAGCGUGCACCAAGGGCGAUCAAAGAAAUCAGGAAGUUUGCAGAGAAACAGAUGGGAACUCCUGACGUGAGGAUCGACACCCGUCUGAACAAGCAGCUCUGGUCCAAAGGAAUCAGAAAUGUUCCAUUCCGUGUACGCGUGCGCUUGAGCAGGAGAAGGAACGACGACGAAGAUUCGGUUCACAAACUGUACACCCUGGUCACGUACAUCCCCGUUGCCACGUUCAAGGGAUUACAAACAGAGAAUGUGGAUGCGAGUCAAGAUUGAUUUAUUAACUGAAGGGUAUAAUAAAUAAUUUUGACUAGUA